AUGUCUUUAAAUAGCCAUUACGACCCGGUUCAUGAUCUCCAAAAUGACAAAAAAUUUGAUAUUUCCUACAUCAACAAUCAAAACACCAAAGCUAAUCAUCCUCCUCUCUUUAAUACCACCACCAUCUCCUCCUCCUCCUACAGCAAUUCUCACAAUAGGAAAAUGGAUAUAUCUAGCUUACUCUCAAACGACGUUUCUUCCACCUCCUCAUCUCCUCCCAUUGCCAAUAAUACCCAUCCCAGCAACAACAACAAUCCAAACGAUAUCACCAUCAAUCCCAACCAAAUUCAACUUGAAACUGAAGUCGUCUCAAAUCCAAACAACAACGAUAAUAUAGACCCUAACAACAACGAUAUCGACCUACAAAAUGAUUCUGAUGCCACUGAUGAAGCUGACUUUAAAUCUGAAAUACACCUACACACCUCCUCACCUACACAUUUUCAACAGCAACCUAUCCACCAAAAAAAUCAAGAUUUCUUCAACCAAAACCAUCUCAUCUCCCAACCAAAACCCUCCAAACAACCCCAUUUAAUAAACCCAUCACAGCUAUCAACCAAAUUUCAUCAACUGCCAAAAGCACCUUCUACAACAAAACUACAUACCUCCCAAUCUCCACCACCUCAGCAACAAGAAAUAAUGACCCCAAAACAACUGCAACAAAAACCUCAUUUUGAAUACCAAAUAUUAAACCAAAAUCAAAACUUGAGCGAUUCCAUGAACCAAAUUCCUCAGCUUCAAAGACCAAUAUCAAUUCAAAAUCAAAACCACUUUAAAAUUCUAAAUUCAACAAUAAAACCAACAAAAAAAAAAUUAAAUCAAAACUCUGGCAUAUCUUCUGCUUUAACUCUAACAUCCAUCUCAUCUUACGCAACCUCCAUCUCUUCCUCCCUAACGAAUGCCAGAAUUCGCCAUAUCAAAAAAAAAGAUGGCCAGCCCUUAUGGAGAAAAGAUAUCCAAUACGACUUACUAAGUAUUAUCUUUAAAAAUGAAUACCAUGUUUUCACUGAUUUUCUCAACCCAACUUCAAAUAAAAAAUUGGCUUUUUCUGACUUGUACAUUCAAGCAAUGGCCUAUUCCACUAAAUGCUCAAAAAUCUUAAAAGAUCGCUUAUUAACUGAUAAAUCAAUGAGUAUCCCAAUAGCAAUGGUCUCUUUAUUAGUAAAUGCUGGUAGAAUGAACACUACUGUUAAUUUUGUUCCCGAAAUGAAAUCUCAAUUGAGAAGUUAUCAUUCAAUUCCCGUAUUUCAAAUAAAUACCAAUACAAGCAUCUCAAAUUCAAAUAACAGCUCAAAAGUAUUACAAGAUUCUCCACGAUUAAAAAUGAUCUUAAAAUCGGCUUGUGAACCAAGUACAAAUAAAAAAGAACCACCAUCCUUUUCAGAAUUGUUUAAAGUGCCAAAGGACAAACUUCCUAAAACUAAUGCAAUUAAUAUGGUUUUUUUAAUGUGCCAGUUUGAAGAAUUAAUCAAUUCUCAUAUUAAAAAUUUCUCUUCUAAUAGUGCCUUUAAAAUCGAUACCUCACUUGAUGAAGAUGAAGAUAAUGAUGAAUCUGAUCAACGAUUUUUCCAUAACAGUAAACAUAAAAAUAGCAAUAACAACAACAAUAAUAAUAAUAAUACUAAUAUUAAUCUCAAUUUCAAUUCUAAUUCUAAUGCAAAUGCAAAUACAAACCCAAAUGCAAACACAAACACAAACACAAAUACAAAUACAAAUACAAAUAAUAAUCACAUUAUUAAUAUAAAUUCCAAUGAUAAUACCGUUAAUACUCCUAAUGUUGAACUUGAAUUUAAAGAAAAAUCAGAUGAAAGUAAAGACAAAGAUAGAGAAAAAUUAAAAUAUAUGAAUGAAAUUCGAAAAAUAUUAAAAGAUCAUCAAGAAUCACCAUUUUCAUCAAUUUUCUUAAAUUGGAAAACUACUCCAUUGAGUCGAGCAAGAAGGUUUUUAUGGUUAAUAUGGGCAUAUUUAGAAACAAAUUUAACUGAAGCAGAACUAGAAAAAAACCCAUUCUAUCAUAUGGAAGGAUUAGAAAAUGAUCUAACUGUUCCUGAUUAUUCUAUACCUCCACUCCAACCCAUAAGACCUGGAGAAAAAUUCGACAUUGAUCCAGAGGAUGAAAUCAAAUACGGUAAUGAUAUGAUAGAAUUAAGAAGAAAAUUUUUGGCUGAAGACAAUGGAGAAUAUUCUUUAAGUUCGAUAACAGUAGAUGAAAAUGAUAAACAAGUUCAAAAAAUUAUUCACGUACCAAGAAGAGGAAGACCUAAAGGUAGCAAAAAUAAAGAUCCAUCAGAAAGAGGAAAAACUACGAAUUUUAGAACAAAUAUUAAUAAUACCAGAUCUUUUUCUUCGAGUUCGAUGUCUAAUAAUAACAUUAAUGAAUUUCGAACCUCUAAUAAUGUCAACAUUCUUCCUGCUACUGAUUUGAAUUAUAGUAGUAUGAGUGAUGAAACAUUAGUGAAUUCUCAAAACUUAAAGAAAAAUGAUGAAAAUGAAAAGAAAAAAGAAAAAAAGAAUCUUUUUAAGAAUAAUUACAGUCAUAAUUAUGGAAAUUAUAAUGAUAAUAACAAUUAUAAUAACAACAGUAAUAAGGAUGGACUGGUGAUAAAUGAAAAGGGUGAAACUACACUACAGUUUCUUGAUGGACGCAAAAAUCGUAAAUUAGAUCGAGUUUUCAGGGAAGUUUUGGAUAAAAAACAAAGAAAGUUUUAUUUAAAGAGAACUUUAGAUGGAAAUUUGAAAUAUUUUGCAAAUAAAGAGUUUAAAUAUAUCAAUACCAGCGAGGAAGUGGGAGAGAAUAAUAAUGACGAUGAAACCGAUUAUAUUGACAAUAAUAGAAUAUUUGAUUAUGGCGAAUUUUCAAACAAAAUGAAAGAUGUGUAUAAUAAGUAUAAUGAAAAAUAUAAAAAAAAAGUAAAAAAAGAUUUUGAGGAGUCCAUUAGAAACAUUAAUAUUCAAAAUAAGAAUAAGAAUAAUACCGAUGAUGACAAUGGUUUUAAGGGCAUCAAACUUCCUGUAAGAAUCAGCAUUGAGCAAGAUGUUUUAGUGAACAAUCAAUGAUUCCAAAAGUGUAUUUUUAGUAAACAAAUUUCCAGUCUCGCAAUUUUCAAUUGAAAGAGAUCAAAGUAGAUCAAUUAUAGGC